GUAAAUUUGAAGGUUGUAGUAAGGGUUUGGCAAUGUUUCGACGUCUUGCGUGGCGGCUUUCUCAAGCCACAUUACCAAAGGGUAUAGUUUUAAAAGGUGAACGAAACCCUUCAAAUCCCAAUCUACUACGGAAAGGUGUUGCGAUAUUACCGGAUGGUCGGACAUUUAGUGGUAGCUUCGACGAAGCUUAUGGCUUUCCCUUAACUGGAAGCCAGCUCGAGGAAGACGGCGAUCUCUAUAAAGGUGGCUUCAAUGAGCACUGGCAACGUGAUGGGGAUGGCGAAGCAUGGCUUGCUGAUGGCACUCACUACAAGGGACUUUUUCAUAAAGACGAACUUGUUGAAGGGGUUGUACGCAUUCCCAACGGAACCAAGGAAAUUGUGUUUCAGGGCACAUUAAAGGAUGAGUCCUUUUCCAGUGGUAAGCUUUCUCAGGAGGACUUCACCUACGAGGGAGAGUUUCAAAGCAAUCAGCCACAUGGUAAAGGCAACCUGGUGUUCGCAUCUGGAGCAGAGCAAGAAGGUACUUUUUUUAACGGCAAGCUGCACGGAAACAACUGCAAGAUGAAACUGGAUGGCGGAUUUGUUUAUGUAGGUGAUUUUAUAGACGGUAAUAUACGUAAUGGAACACUUUACACGUCGACCUACACCUACGAAGGAGAGUUCAAUGAGCACGGCCGCGCCCACGGUGAAGGCACUCAAACGUAUUUAAAUAAUGAUCCUCGGCUUAUCUUUACGGGUAUAUGGAGUAAUGGGGCGCUGGUGCGCGGAACUUGCUUAGAUGAACACGGAACACCUGUCGAUUGGCAGAACAAUCACGAUCUACAGCAGCGCAUGCUUUCCGAUACCGCGCAGUCCGAUGGGGAGGAGGGCACGGCCAUUCACAGUUACUGCAUUUCUAAGCUGAAAGAGGCCGAUCAAAUGCAUAAACAAAUGAAUAAGAGCUACAUUCAGGACGCUGAGACAGUGCGAAAGCGCACCGGAAAAUACCCAUCUAAAACAGACCUUGGUUAUGAAAGCGGGCUUCGCCACGAGAUCGACGCGUCGGAGAAGUCAUCCAAGAAGCAGAUGGAGGAUGUGGAGCGUUCUCGUCAAGCAUUCGCAGAACAUAGAAAUGACUAUGAGAAGGCUUCGGCAAGCUUAAAGGGGUCUAAUCAUAUUAUCGGUGAAAUCAAUGAAAAUAUGGCCAAGAUACAGUUCUCGAGGCAGAUGGGAGCGCAACAGCUCGCCGCAGAGCGUGUGGACGAACAGUUCGAACGCUUUAUGAAAAAUUUCAACCUCCCGUCUGCACAAGCGCGGGACUCACCAACGAGUGGAUCGAAAACGACCUCAUAUGAGAAGUUGAAUAUCGACGGCAAUGAAUCCUGGAAGUCCUUUACGCCGAGCUCUUUUGACAGGUGA